GUGAGCGAGAGGAUGCUGGCGGGGGGCGCGAGGAGCAUGCCCAGCCCCCUCCUGGCCUGCUGGCAGCCCAUCCUCCUGCUGGUGCUGGGCUCGGUGCUGUCAGGCUCAGCCACCGGCUGCCCGCCACGCUGCGAGUGCUCGGCACAGGACCGCGCGGUGCUCUGCCACCGCAAACGCUUCGUGGCAGUCCCCGAGGGCAUCCCCACCGAGACCCGCCUGCUGGACCUGGGCAAGAACCGCAUCAAGACGCUCAACCAGGACGAGUUCGCCAGCUUCCCACACCUGGAAGAGCUGGAGCUCAACGAGAACAUUGUGAGCGCUGUGGAGCCCGGCGCCUUCAACAACCUCUUCAGCCUUCGGACGCUGGGGCUGCGCAGCAACCGGCUGAAGCUCAUCCCGCUGGGCGUGUUCACGGGCCUCAGCAACCUGACCAAGCUGGACAUCAGCGAGAACAAGAUCGUCAUCCUGCUGGACUACAUGUUCCAGGACCUGUACAACCUCAAGUCGCUGGAGGUGGGCGACAACGACCUCGUCUACAUCUCUCAUCGCGCCUUCAGCGGCCUCAACAGCCUGGAGCGGCUGACGCUGGAGAAGUGUAACCUGACCUCCAUCCCCACAGAGGCGCUGUCACACCUGCACAGUCUCAUCGUCCUCCGGCUCCGGCAUCUCAGCAUCAACGCCAUCCGGGACUACUCCUUCAAGAGGCUGUACCGGCUCAAGGUCUUAGAAAUCUCGCAUUGGCCCUACCUGGACACCAUGACCCCCAACUGCCUCUAUGGCCUCAACCUGACCUCCCUGUCCAUCACGCACUGCAACCUGACCUCCGUGCCCUACCUGGCUGUGCGCCACCUGGUCUAUCUCCGCUUCCUCAACCUCUCCUACAACCCCAUCAGCGCCAUCGAGGGCUCCAUGUUGCAUGAGCUGCUGCGGCUGCAGGAGCUCCAGCUGGUGGGCGGGCAGCUGGCCGUCGUGGAGCCCUAUGCCUUCCGCGGCCUCAACUAUCUGCGUGUGCUCAACGUCUCGGGCAACCAGCUGACUACUCUGGAGGAGUCGGCCUUCCACUCGGUGGGCAACCUGGAGACGCUCAUCCUGGACUCCAACCCGCUGGCCUGUGACUGUCGGCUGCUGUGGGUCUUCCGGCGCCGCUGGCGGCUCAACUUCAACCGGCAGCAGCCCACGUGUGCCACGCCCGAGUUCGUCCAGGGCAAGGAGUUCAAGGACUUUCCUGACGUGCUCCUGCCCAACUACUUCACCUGCCGCCGCGCCCGCAUCCGGGACCGCAAAGCCCAGCAGGUGUUCGUGGACGAGGGCCACACGGUGCAGUUCGUGUGCAGGGCAGACGGCGACCCACCGCCUGCCAUCCUCUGGCUGUCACCCCGCAAGCACCUGGUCUCGGCCAAGAGCAACGGGCGGCUCACUGUCUUUCCCGACGGCACGCUGGAGGUGCGCUACGCCCAGGUGCAGGACAACGGCACGUACCUGUGCAUCGCAGCCAACGCUGGGGGCAACGACUCCAUGCCCGCCCACCUGCACGUGCGCAGCUACUCGCCCGACUGGCCCCAUCAGCCCAACAAGACCUUCGCUUUCAUCUCCAACCAGCCGGGUGAGGGAGAGGCCAACAGCACCCGAGCCACCGUGCCUUUCCCCUUCGACAUCAAGACCCUCAUCAUCGCCACCACCAUGGGCUUCAUCUCCUUCCUGGGCGUCGUCCUCUUCUGCCUGGUGCUGCUGUUCCUCUGGAGCCGGGGCAAGGGCAACACGAAGCACAACAUCGAGAUUGAGUACGUGCCCCGCAAGUCGGACGCGGGUAUCAGCUCCGCCGAUGCACCCCGCAAGUUCAACAUGAAGAUGAUCUGAGGAUGGGGCAGG